AUGGCACCUUACGAACUACUAUACGGGAGAAAAUGUAGAACUCCCGUAUGUUGGGGUGAAGUGGGGCAAAGGGAGCUCGCACCAAGUAAUUUAAUAGCAGUAACAAAUGAAAAGAUUGAAUUGAUUAGAGCUCGAUUGAAAGCAGCCCAGGAUCGACAAAAAGCUUAUGCAGACAAGAAAAGGCGUCCUAUUGAAUUUCGGGUUGGAGAUUAUGUUCUAUUGAAAGUAUCACCAUGGAAGGGCAUAAUCCGUUUUCGCAAAUGGGGUAAGUUAGGUCCUCGUUAUAUCAGACCGUAUAAAAUUUUGGCUCGAGUUGGAAAAGUUGCAUAUCGAUUAGAAUUACCGCCUGCUCUGGACGGGAUUCACAGUACCUUCCACGUAUCACAAUUGAGAAAGUGUCUUGCGGAUGAAACAACAUUAGUACCUCUCGAUGAUGUCGAGUUAGACCAAGGAUUAAACUAUGUUGAAAGAUCAAUAGCCAUUAAAGACGUCAAGGUGAAGAAUCUCUGCAACAAAGCUGUUAGACAAGUGUUGGUGCAAUGGCAGCACCGAAAGGGGUCGGAACUUACAUGGGAAUCAGAAGAUGAAAUGCGAAGAUACUACCCUUUUCUCUUCGACAUAAGCUAA